CAUAUAAAAGACAAAGACUGUGUGGCUCUGGAGGUGCGGUACCACAAAAGCUGUUACAGUCAGUACACCAUGUUUUUGCUGAGACCUGACAAACCAGAGACAGAACAGGAUGAGGCAAUGUUUGAUGCCAGUUACAAGCUGUUCUGUGAGAGGAUCAUCCGCCAGAGGCUGCUUGUCAACAAUGAGGUGCUUAGAAUGGGCCAGCUGAGGCAGGCCUUCAUUGACAUGGUGAAAGCAAACGAAGGUGUUGAUGCUUCAAACUACAGACAGGAUCUGUUGAAGAAGAGGCUGGCUCAAGAUUUCCCUCAGCUAGCGUUUCACAUGCCCACCAAGCGCAACGUCUGCGAACUGGUUUUUGCUGAGACUCUGUCAAAGGAUGCACUCGUGGACAUGCUACCAGAUCCAUCCGGUACGGAAACAACACAGUCCAGUGAAUUGAGCCAGACAGACAGCGACAAUGAAACAGGGAGAACAAAGUGCCAAACAACACAUGAGGACACAAGGACACUGUAUACAGCAGCGUUGUUUUUGAAAAGACUGCUUAGUGACACUCCUGGCAUGUCAUGCCCAUGGCCUCCCACUUCUGAAAAUGUAAAUGUCACUGAAUCUCAAACUGUUGUCCCCAUUGGACUAUACAAUCUGCUCAGCUGGAUUAUAGGUUCCACUGAGGAGCCAACACUGGAUCAUUAUGUCAACAUUGAUGAUGACGUACAUUUGAAAGUGUUGUCUGUUUGUCAAGACAUUGUGUACCUUGCUUCCAAGGGCCGCAAGCAGACACCCAAGUCCUUGGCUUUAGGUUUAACUGUUCGACAUUUAACUGGAUCAUCACGCAUUGUAUCACUGCUUAACAGACUGGGACAUUGUGCAUCAUGGGACACAGUUUUGAGUCUAGACACUAGCCUUGCCCAACUGACACUAGUAGAAGGCAGAGACAAAAUACCGAAGGGAUUCUCAAAGCGGACACCCACAACACUUGUGUGGGAUAACAUUGACUUUGGUGAGGAGACACUAUCGGGUCGUGGAACUACUCACCAUACAAAUGGAAUUAUGCUCCAGAGUGUGCCCGGCGAGCCUAUGUCCACAGCAAUCAGACAGCCACUGAGAAAGGGAGUUACCUCAUUCAUAGCCCCCCCCCAAUGCCUAUACAACCUUACCAUCAGUCCAAAAGGCAAGGGCCACAGAACUUGUGUCAACCAGUGCAGUCAGCGACAUGCAGAAUGA